AUCUGCCCAAUCCAAUACCAAUCCUGGACACUCUCGCCCUACCAAUGGUUUAACAUCUUCACUCUCUGCCUCACCCCGCUUGCCGUGCACAUCGCGGGCGGCGUCCCCUCCCCUAUUAUUCUCUCCGGGAAAAAGCCACACUGGACGAACCGCCUCCCACUCUUCAACCCAAUUUCCAUCCUCUGGCGCUACUACGCCAUACUUGAUCGUCGCAUUCGCUGGUCCAGUGCCUGGAACGGCACGGUGCUAGCUGCAAGCAACGCGAUUUUCUGGCGCGAGGAUCACUGGGAUGGCUCGGAGGAGAUGAUUGGAGAGAGUAGCCAUUUCUUACCGCAUACACCAACUGCCACACGCGUGAACUUUUUGAGCGUUUCGAGUCUUACGAGCGUGAUUGUUGCGGUGCAGGGAUUAUCGGCAGCUGCGUAUGUGCAACUGGGUGGGAAUACGGCGGAUCUUAGUGUGUUUUUCCAGCCGUUGGCCCUAUUUGGGCUGUAUAGGCUGCCGAGCGCGAUCUGGUUGUCAAAUGAAGCCGUCUAUACUGAGACUCGCAGC